AUGACCACAACGAUGAAGUUGUGUAUAUAUCUGUCUUGCCUGCUGUCUCUAUUCGAUUUUGGAUGCAUGGCUCCAUCGUUUGGCGAUGUUUUUCGUGUUGGCACCGAGGAGCAGUUUGAUUUUUCCAACGUAGUACAAGUUGGAAAUAUGAAAAAUGCAUCCGCUCAAUUUGGAUACCAACUGCAUGCCACUGUAAUCGUUGGAUCUGUAUGGGGCAAUGAUGAAUCUAAAUUGCUUAAAAUUGAGGUUCAAUAUCCAACUGUUGUCAGCAUUCCCGAUGAUAGUGCAGGAAGGAUUGAUGCAACAGAUAAUCCUUUUUAUGCAUGGUGGAAUUCGGGACGUAUAAACGAAGUCUACUUUACACCCACGGAUUCAGUGGCAGUGCGCAAUUUAAAGAAAGCGAUUAGUGCAAUGUUUCAGUACCAGUUGAUGGAUGGAACGUACUACGAAGAGGAUCCAUCGGGACAGUGCGAGGUAAAAUAUAUAUCGCACUCGUCAACUAGAUACCACAAAUCCAAAGGAAACUGUCAAUAUGAUGCGAAACGAACUCAAAGAGCGGAAUAUCCGUUACGUAGCAGUCUUAAAACCUCUCGUUCUACUGAUUUCACUGUGUCUACCGAAGGUGCUCUGCAAAAAGUGACUAGUCAAGAUUAUUUGAAAUAUUUAUUGAAUGCAAAUAAUCAAUUUGGAGUCUACUACGAAUCAAUCAUGCAGCUCAAUUUGAAAGGAAGCUCUAAAAAAACGGAAACACUGAAAGGUGCUAGUUUGGAAGAUGUAACAAAGCUGCUGUCUCUUGAAAAAGACACUCUGCUGACGAAGGAGUAUAACUCGCCGUGUGAAAGUAAUAAUUGCGAUAGCAUUAUCAAUAGCUUCAAGCAGUACAAGAAAUCGCUAGUGAGUGAAAAAAUUGGAACAGAAGUUGCCUCUACUGCUCUUGUCGAAUUGAUUGAAACAGGUCGUGAAGCGUCAUCAGAAGAUUUGAUUCGUAUUCUUAAGGCCAAGUCGUCUCAAGAGUUGAAGGGACAACUGCUAGAUCUAUUCGGAGCUAUUCAAACAGAAGCGUCACAUGAGGCUGCAAAGUCGGAAUUGAUUCACGAUUCUAAUGAACCAGAUUCGUUUUUUGGAGAACGUUACCUACAAGCGCUUGCGAUUGGCAGUCGACCACGAAAGGAAAUAAUACAAGACUUAUACGAGUUGGUGCAAAACGAACAUAGGAACAUAAAAUUCACAGACAGCCUUAUUCAAAGUCUUGCUUCUGUUGCAAGAAAGUAUGCUCACGACAAAGGAAAUUCUUAUGAAACUGAAAUAAUUAAAAAAAUUGAGAAUUUCCUAAUUGAACGAAUCAAUGGUUGUACAAAAGAUGGCUGCAAAAUUAGGUACAUACGAGGUUUACAGAAUUUGAAGUGUCCCGGAUCUGCGGCACUGCUUGUAAAACUGGCACAGGGACCUUCAAGAGCCGUUAGUGUAGCAGCUAUGAAAGCAUUACGAUCGUUUUCCGUGUACAUGUGGAACGAUGAAUUCAAAGCUGUAUUUGAGGAUAUAUUCUACCAGGUAUCCAAACGAUAUGAUUCUAGUGCACGAACCCUCGCACUAGAUGUUUUGUUAGAUCUAAAGCCAGACUAUGACGAGCUAUUGCAUCUUGUUCAGUUUUUAAAGUCGAAUGAUAGAGCGUAUGAGGUGAAACAAUACCUGUUGCAAAAGCUUCGAAUGAUUUCCGAGCAGUGCCCCGAUUUUGCAGAGUUGCUCCAGAAAGUUAUCCAAAGUAAUCCAACGUUAAACAAUUAUCAUGUGCUAAGCCCUAAAGGACUUUCCACGGCUUUGAGUCGAAAGUUUUCAACAGUGCCAUCUUUCAAUGCUUCACUUACCAGCUUGCAAGAGAUGAACGCAGGUGUUUUAAAAAGGGGCAUUGUCGAUCUUACACUCGAGAUGGAAGACGAAAAGAUUAGUUUAUUUACUCUUGGUCUUUACGCUGGAGGAAUGUCUUCAUUUGUUAGCAAUACAGAGGAAGACCUUUCAGAAAAUGAGGAAGAGGAAGAAACGACAGCUGGUAUGGAGUUAUCGGUACAGGGCAUGGUCAUGAGACCUUUGGAGUUUUUCAAAGGAAAAGGUGAACUCAUGGGACAUGUUUGGAGUGGCACUGCAUCUGAAUCGACACCAGCAUAUCAGGCCACUACUUUGCUACAGGACAACGAGGAACGCUUCCCGUCCCAUAACGGUGUGACGCUAAAAUUGAGUGCGACUGGUGCUAUAUCCAUUGAUCUGAAUGGACAAGUAACCAUGAGUCUAUGGGGCCGAAAUGCGCAAUCGACAGUAAAACAAAAUAUUGGCAUUACCAUGAUGGGAAAGCUGUUGUUGGAAACAGCUUUUGCUACAAUGGAUGUGCAAUUUAAAGCCGUACACGAACCACAGCUCCAUCUUUCUUCGGCUCUAGAUUUUUCGGCAGAUCCUACUUUAUGUAUGCAAUUAAUGCAACCGACAAGUACGCUAAAACAAUAUUUUGUGAAAACGAUUUCUCUAGUAGGUACCAAACAGCAAAUUGUUCGUAAAACAUCUAAGCGAUUUACAAUGAAUGGUUUAACUCACUCACUCAAUCGGAAAAAUAAUGACAUGUGUAAUUUAAUUUCAAAAAGCUGA